UUCCACACAACUUUUCAAUCCAGCGAUUCUGCAAUUUUCUCAGAUCAUCGCAACAUCUCUCUCCGAAGGACGAAGAGAACGGUGAUGGAAACGAAGAGAGCAUGCUUCUUUAAGCGGAUACCACCAGCUUUUAUCAAGAACUUUAAUGGAAAAUUACUUGAAAGUUCGAUCCUCAAAAAUUGCGCGGGUAGAUUUUGGCUUGUAGAGGUGGAAAAUAUUGUCGGCAACUUGUACUUUGGAAAUGGUUGGCAGUCCUUUGUGGAAGACAAUUCAAUACAAACCGGAGAUUUUUUAGUUUUUGGGUAUGAUGAUAGUUCUGAAUUUGAAGUUAAGAUAUUUGGUACAAGUGGAUGUGAGAAGGACUAUGAUCAGUGGGACAAAAGAGAAAAUUCCAUCAAAGGAACCGCCGUCUGUCCUUGUAAAUACAUCCGAAGAGUCCAAAACAAGAAAUUGGCUUUACGGGGUGGAACGAAUUGUGGUAAUGUUCGGUCAAAAAGGAGACAUUCGGAUGAGAUUGAAACAAAGGUGGUGUUUGAAGCUGAUUUUUGCCCAUUCAAGUUAAAGUAUCCCCAUUUUACUGCAUCUUGGAGGCUAUAUAACAUGAAAAUUCCAAAGGGAUUCGCGAGAGACAAUGACCUUAGAGGUGUAGUAUCGAAGUUCUUUCGUGGUUCGAGUGGUAAGCUAUGGCCUGUGAGGAUCAAUCACUGCAAGGAUGGCCGAACCUAUUUCGGGGCCGGGUGGCGCGAUUUUUGGACCGGGAACAAAUUGCGUAAAGGCGAUAAGUGUGUUUUUGAGUUCAUACAACAGAAUGUGAUAAGGGUUCAUAUUCUCCGUGCAACAUUGGAGUGAAUUAAGACCUUGGGUGUUGUUCUUCCCAAUACAAAGAUCGAAAUCAACCGGGUUUGGGUUUUUGGGGUGUUACGCUGGAGAAAUUCCGAUCAAUUCCAAGAAAAAAUCUUACGGUUCGGAUGAAAAUUGCACGACGAAAUUGUGUACAUUUGUUGUAUAUGAGUUAUGUAGAACAAUGUAUUUGAACCUAUUUGUGUGUGAAAAGUUAUAUGCUUGUAGAGGUUA